CGUGUGCCCAUAUUUCAUAGCUAGCAGUGUUAUCAAUACAUCGUGUCCAAGGACCUGCAUCAGUGCAUCCAGGAAAAUCCUAUAGUGGUGAAAAUGGGUAACAAGGCAUUGAUACCCCGUAUUAGCGACCCAUACGACAGUGGCAUUGAUAGUGAUGAGGGGAAGAAUUCAAUCAUGAACGCUGUCUUUAGUAAGGACCAUGAGGAGGUAAAGUUCAAGAGCAAGAAUAUUUUCAACAAGAGCAGCAUUCCAUAUGAAAAACUGGGUGAAACCUCUAAAGAAUUAGACAAUUCGAAAUUCCAGAAGACGUUUCUAAGCAAAAAUCCCAAGGGCGGUGUUAAUGGCGGAAAGCAAAAUUAUGGCGACGGAGUUAAAGGAAGUGACUUGAAUCGUCCAUUGAUGGACUCAUUCAAGUCUCAGGAGCAAAUGAGAAUGACAAAUGCUAACCCGUCAGACGAAAAAUGGACUGCGUAUGAGUCUGACGGGCGCGACUCGCCGCAGCUUUAUGAGGUGGAACUGACAGCUUCGGACGAGGAUGACAGCUCAGUUCUGGAACUAGUCAUCCCGAUGCAAUCUAAGAUAAAGCGAUACCAUUGGCUGUUAGAGUUCCUUUGCUUCGGCUGCUUAUAUCAUUAUGAAUAACUUACAAGAUGUAUUUUAUUGUUAUCUUUUAUACAAUUUUUUAUACUUUCUUGGUUAGAACUGAUAUAAGAACUCAUUAUAAUUAAGUUUAUAUGUUCUAUUGAUGAUCUUCCUUAAUUUACAUAAUGUUUAAAAGUCUAAUUAGUCAUUUUAUAAGUUCGCAAAUACUUGAAAUUUACCAGGUUUAUAAUUCAUGGUAAUGAUUGAUAUAAAGAAAGGAGGUUUUGUCAAUAAACGAAAUAGAUAAAUUAAGUUUGUGGAGGAUUCAUUGCACAGAAAGGUCUUGGCAGAAUUAUCUAUGACCUAUUUCGGAGUUGAGCAAGAAAAUAGCAAACUAUUUGAAAAAGUCGACAAGCUACGCGAUUCUUUAUUAAAAAAAACGUUUAUUUUGGAACAUAAUAUCAUCAUGGUAUCACUUAUUCCACGUCAUUAAA